AUGGGUCAAAGUGAGGCAGCAAUCCAGGAUCGAUCAGUCAUGUCUACAGACCUCGACACCGUCGAAGACGGCGCUGUAACUAGAUGGAAUCAUGUUAAGACCUUCGCGCUCGUCGGAGCGGUCCUGAGCUUGUUCUUCUGCGAACUGAUCGUCCUCGUCGGGGGCGGAACUUUUGCUCAGCAUGUCGCUGCUCAGAUUGGGGGAGCUGGGCUUACCUCAUGGCCGUCGUUGGCAGUGAUCAUCUUCACUGUCGCCCUUGCUGCACCCCUCUCUCAAGCUUCCGACUACUGGGGGAGAAAAUGGAUCCUCGUCAUUCCCAAUGUUGGUGGUAUCUUUGGAGCGAUCAUCUCUGCGCGUGCGACUUCAAUGGGCAUGUAUAUCGCCGGCUUCUGUGUCGGAGGCAUAGGUUUCGGCGCGCAAGGUCUCAUUCUAGCAGUCAUCUCCGAGGUGCUACCACGCAAGUUUCGUUCCUGGGCUCAAGCCUCUGCCAACAUCAUGAACGCUCUCGGAUCAAUCUUCGCUCUCACCAUUGGUGGUUACUUGGUCCAGUCACGCCCAGAUGGCUUUCGGAUCUACUUCUACAUCUGUGCCGGCAUCUACGCUGUUGCCGUCCUACUCGUGGUUUUGCUCUACAGGCCGCCACCCAGAGAGCUGCAGUCUCUGAGUUUCAAGGAUAAGGUCCACGCUCUCGACUGGACAGCAUAUAUACUACUUGGAUCUGGCACCGUUCUCCUCUGCCUAGGACUUUUGUGGGCUGAAAAUCCUUACGCUUGGAAAGAUGCUCAUGUCCUUGCACCUCUGCUUAUUGGCGCAGCAUUGCUCAUCGUUCUGGCUGUUUACGCCACGAGAUUCAAGAAAGACGGUCUGUUUCACCACGACCUCUUCCAUGACCGCAACUUUCCCAUUUCAGCAACCGCAUCUGCUAUCGAAGGCAUGGGAUACAUGACAGCCGCUGUCUUUUUCCCCUACGCUCUGGCAGUCUUACAAGCGGGUCAGUUGAGCACCUAUCGACAAUAUCUAUGUCAAAUGGUCGGUUUCUGCGCCUUUGGUCUCGCCUGUUUUUUAUCAGGUCUCUAUAUCUACAAAACCAAAUCGGUCAGAGUUACCGGCGUGGGAACUUUUGUCCUGUUCCUGAUCUUCAUGUGCCUAAUGGCCAGUGUGAACGAAAAUACCCCCUCAACCCACUACUGGGGCUAUAUCCUCUUCUAUGGCAUGGGCCUUGGCCUGGCUCUUGUCACAUUCUUCACCGCUGCACAGUUUGCAACUCCAGCGGAGCUAAUCGCCACUGCCUCCGGUAUCUGCACUGGCAUCCGUAGUCUGGGAGGCUCGGUUGGAUUAGCAAUCAUCAAUGCUAUCUUUGCAAGUGGCCUCUCUGCCAACCUUGCUCCAAAGGUUGCCAACGCCGUCGUUCCACUUGGUUUACCAAAGACGAGCAUUGGACCACUUAUUGGCGCGUUGAGCUCAGGCAAUGCGGCUUUGCUGGAGAAGGUACCAGGUGUCUCCCCUGAGAUCAUAUCAGCCGCAGGUCUGGCCAUCAAGCAAGCCUAUGUUGUUAGCUUCAGAAAUGUCUUCAUCUGUGGAGCAGCUUUCAUGGCUUUGGGUAUCAUAUUGACUUCCUUCAUGCGCAACCCUCGCACGGAGUUCAACGGCAAGGUCGAUGCGCCUAUUGAGGUCUCGUCGGAUGUUGAUCUUGAGGAUGAACCAAAGGCGGUUCACGACCAGCACAUUGAGAAUAAUGAGGUCCGAUGA